AAAAUAAAAAAUGGAAAAAGAAGAUUUUCUUGGUAAAUACAGACAUAUCUCCAAUAAAUUGAAGAAGAGAUUUCUCAAGAAACCUAAUGUUGCAGAAGGCAGUGAACAAUUUGCAUCCCUGGGAAAGACGCUAAAGCAACAAGAAUGUCCACAAUAUGCAGGACUAUGUUAUCUUGCUCAAGCUAGAUGUGAACACACAAUUGCUAGUUCACCCGGAGAGGCCCAAGCUUUGACACAUGCAGCAAGAGAAUUCUUUGAGGCAGAAAGAAUGGACCAGGACCACCGUUGUGUUAGUUACGAGGAACAUAUUAAUGCAGCUUUGAAUUGCUAUGGGCAUGCAAUACGGGUGCACAUUGAGGCAAAGCAGACAUGUCUUGCAGCAUCUCUCUGCUUAGAACUGGGAAACACCCUCAUGAAAAUGGGUAAAUGUCAUGAAGCAAUUCCACACUUCCAACGUGCGGCAGAAUUACAGAUUCAGAGCCCAUUAGAGUGUCUUCACACGAUGGGGAGGGUGGCCACAUGUAAAAUCAGUACAGGUGACUGUGAGGGUGCUCUGACGGUGUUCACAGAGAUGGCCUAUCUUGUUGAGGAGAGGGGAGGAUGUUCCAUCAGUGGCAAGCCUUUAGGAGCAUUCUCUGAUAUACUUGCAAGAUGUGAGAUCACACGAGUGCUGUUACUUAUGCUUUUACAGCCUACUCCACAAAGAAUCAGACCAGAAUAUGCCCAGCUCCUUGAAAGAUAUUCUUGGGAGUCUACAGAUGAAAAUACUCCAGUGAAUUAUCUGAAUGAAGACUUGUUCCUGCUUCUCCAGUCCGUGGUGAUGGCGUGUCAAUCUAAAGAUUUGAACUCUAUCCGUCUGCUUCAAACAGAACUGUGGCCCCAUCUAUCUGCAGAACAGAAUGAAAUCCUACACCUAGUCAUUGAAGAACUUUCACAUUUAUCAGAUCUUGGAUUGAACUGAAUAUGUGAAGUAAACCAUUAUAAAAAUGUGAAGCAUGCCAAUGUGAAUUGAAUAACGCAUUUGUAUGGUUUGGAACAUUCCAGUACAAUGUACAUGUAGUAACCUAAUGUAGUAGUCUACUUACUAAGUACAAUGUAGUAGUUUACUCACUAACUACAAUGCAGUAGUCUACUUAUUAAAUACAGUAAACCCUGUCUAAGUAGAACAACUGUGAUAAUUCUAAAAGGUGUUCCACUUGGGAAGUGUUCUAUUUACAGAGGUCCAUUUAGCAUUAAGUUAGCGGGUCUUGAGACUCUGAAGGUGUUCAACUAACAGAGGUGU